AAAUAUAUAAAAAUGUGACAUUUACUAAAUAUUUAUCAAUUGAAAAAAAAUAAUAAUAAUAAACCCGCGCUUUGAAAGCGCGGGUCAAAAUCUAGUUGAACUUUUAAAUAAAAAGAGUAUAAAACUGAGUAAAAUUCAAUAAAUGAAAGUCCAAAUCGUGAAAAUAGUUUCAAAAAAAAAAAGCUAAGAAUCUUCUAAAUUUAGCACUACAUGCCCACACUAUAAUGUUAAAAAAUAAUAGGAUUCUUUAAAAAAAAACUAGGGUUCGAAGUAAAGAAAAAAAUCAACAAAUGUUCUUCAAAAUUAUUAAGAUUCUCAUCUUGUAAUAUUUUAAACAUAUGUCGCCCAUUUUUCAUUUGUAUAUAUUAUGAGAAAAAUGAGAUAUAAACACUGAUUUUCUUAUCAAAAAUAUAUAGUCGAAGCCAGGAAAAACAUUACGUGUGGUGGAAAGAUGGAUGUGCAAGAUAGUGUCUCCCUAGAUACAUCAAUUUUGGACAAGAGAUCUUAGCCUAUGGUCCUGAACACAAGUAAGAUUGCAGUAUCUUGGGGAUGUGUCUUUGAAGGAAACAAAGGUUGGAAUUGGGACAGACAUGAAGAAACAAAGGAUAGCAGCUUGAAAUUUCAACAAACAGUAGUAUAACAUCUCAAAAUAAAGGUAUCUCAAGAAGAUAUUCUAGGGCCAACAACUAGAGCAUAUACAAGGAAUAGAAGAUUUCUAUACCAUUUCAGCUAAGUGGAGGCGGAUCAGGAAGUAGUUGUUCAUCAAGGAAACUGUAUAAAGUGAGAAUGAUAAAUAAUAUAUAUCAAGACGAGGAAAACAAGGUAAUGAGGAAGAUAAGCUCACGAGGCGUGUUACUUUACAUACGAGGAACCUGAAUUUUUGAAGAAACUAUGAAACAUAGGGGAUUAGAGGAAAGUGAUGUAUACAUUAAUUUGAUCAAAAAUAACAAUAUUUCAGAAAUCACUGAAACGCCAAGUGACAAGAAAGAGUUUCUAGUCAAGUGGAUCUACACAGUGAAAACAGAUGAGAAUGGCCAUAUUCAGAAACUCAAAUAAAGAUGAGUGAUUCAGUGUGUUAAUCAGACAUAUGGAGUGGGAUAUGUUGAAACCUUUGUUCCAGUUCUAUGCAUGUUAUGAUCAGAACAUUGGUAGUCCUUAUUUCACAAAACAAGUAAGAUUGCAGUAUGCUUCUUAUGUAAUUUCUUCAUUUUAUUAUUACUCCAUAUAUUCAUAACUAUAAAUUUUUUAACAAUCACAAACCCAAAUCUCAGAACUUCUUUGUUGAAAUCUCCGGUUUGUUUUUGUGGUGGAAAUACACUUUUGAGUAGUAUAUCCCUUUUGUUGUCCGUAUGUUCAACAUUAAUUAUAUUUAUAUUUUUUUUAUUUUAAACAAAAUUUUAUUUGUGGAAGCACUGUAGCAUAUUGGUUAAGGUUUAAAAGCUUUUACAUCUGGAUCUAGGGUUUGAACCCCAAACUAUGCAAUUUCUUGCAAAUUACAGAAAAUCCAGGUUUUAAGUCUUGGAGAAGAACGAUUUAUUAAUGCAGACUACAAAAAGAAAGUUUUACAAAGAAGCUUCAAUAUGGUGGAAGUAAAUCUGGUCAGGAACGGAUCUUCAUAAGACGGCUCAGAUGGUACAGUUUUGCGUAAAUUUUCAUAAAGCAGACAAUAUUGUCGGUUGUCGAUUGUCUAUAUAAUCUUUGUCAUGAUAAAUCAGCGUUAAAAAAAAAAACUUUAUCUAAUUUUUAAAGACCACUUAAACCAUUAUGUUUUGGGCUUACAUACUUUUGUUUUACGCAGAAAAAAAAUAAUCUUCUUUUUUGACUUAUUUGUAAAAUUAUUUUCUUUUCGUUUUUUGUAACUGAUUCGUUUUCAUUAAGCGAAAGUCCAAAGGGAAAUGUUACAAACAUAUUCAGAAAACAAUUUGGCCCAAAUGAAACCCAUAACUUAAGAUAAUAAUGAAGUGCAUGAUGGACACAUGGUCAACUCGUGGCUUCAUCUCUUCCAGUCUGCAAAGGAAUUAAGAAGGUGGUGCCGGAAAACUUGUUGGAGAACUUGCCGAUUUUUAUCUCGAACUUGCUUGAGACUGCUAGCAUGUUCUUCUUGCCUUCAAUCUCCGUCGAUCUCAAGGUCUUCUUCUCCAAUUGCUAGAGUUUAAUCUAAGGAAAAGAUUCAAUAGAAUCAAUGAGAAUCUUGUCACUAGCCCUUAUGGUAGGUCCGACUCAUCUGGAUUCUGCCUUGAAUCUUCAAAGCGCGUUCCAAAUCGCAGGUGUUGAUCAUCGUGGAAACUUCACUCGUACUCAAAGCAAAGCAUGACACCACCUCUGAAUAAAAAAACUGAGCAUAUGUAGCAAAGAAAAAAAACAAACCUCUUAAUCAAACGGUAUAUUGAAUAAAACAGAAGGAGAAGAACCAAUCCAAAACAGAGAAAGAUAGGAUUGAUAAGCAAAUCGAUUUAGCUGAAACUACUACACAUCAAAAUUUCUUAUACGAACUGAACAUUGCCAUAUAGAUCGAACACAAAAAUCAAAUCUCAUCCCCUAUGAAAAAUUGUAAUCAGUGAAUAGGAGAUUGAGAGAGUUAUUCUCUCACUAAGAAAAAAAGAGAGCUAUUUGUAAUAUUAUUUUCAUAUAAUGCUUAUUAGUCUCUCUACUGAUUUUAUAUCUUCCUAAUAUUAUUAAUCUUCUUCGAGAUAAUAUCAGUAGAGACAAAGAAGCAAUAUAUGAAAAUAAUACUAUAAAAAAGAGUAGAUUAAAAAUGUUACAAAAGAUUCGGUUUGGUACUGUGAGAAGAGAGAGAAUCGGUUUCCCUCCGGCGUACGGCCGGUGCGUGUGCGUCCGUGCCGUCGCCGGAGUUCUUCGUUCUUUUGGUUUUUUGUUCUCCUUUUCGUUGUCUUUCUAGAUCUUCCUUCGCUUGCCUUGUCGGAGCUCUGUGGUGUCUCAACUUUGGAGUGAAGACGCAACGUUUUGGAGGAUCUCGGAGGUGACGGGGAGUUUUUUGCGCGUUCUGGUCGUUUUCCUCCGGGCGAUGGAGGCUUCCUUAGCUCCAUCGACGUCGGUUCUUCGUGGGGGGGGGGGGGGGGGGUGGAGGCUUUCUUUAGCUUCACCGACGUCACUCUUGGUUCCGGGAAGGGGAGGCUCCUUUAGAUCUCUUCGCCGGCUUUUGGAUUACGGUGAGAGGAAGCUCACACAGCUCCUUGAUGCCGCCUUGGAACCCUUGGUUUUGGGUGAGGUAACUAGUUUCGAGUUUGUUAGCGGUGGUCUUGGGUUACGAUGAUGUGAGUGCUGUUUACGGUUCGACUGUCCUGCGUGUCCGGUGGUCCAAAGUCGGAGGCGCUCUCGGUAAUCCAAUGAACCCUCUGGCGUGAAGACAGUUCGACGUUGAUACACGGUUUUUGGAUGUGCGGAGGCUCUGCAAGUUAGGAGCUCCGGUUUCAAAUGGUGGCGGGGUUGAUCUCCGGCGAUGGCAUCGUUCAAGUCGAGAUAGGUUCCACGUGGUGUGCGGAAGGCUAAGAUGAAGACACGUGGUUAAACCUAUUUCCUUGCGGCGCGUUUUUAGGGCGAACUGCCCGUGUCGAGUAGUGUGGGCCGUUUGGGCCGUUAUGUAUUUUUUUGGGCUUCGGCUCUUUGUGUGUUUGCUUUCUGUGGCCCGUUGUUUCUUUGGGAUUUUGGUUUGUACUCGUUUUGUUUGGACUUCGGCCUGGGCUUGGCCCUAAUAAAUAACAAUUUGAGAAAAAAAAAAUGUUACAAAAGAUUAAUAAUAUUAGGAAGAGACGAAAUCAGUAAAGAUAAAAAAAAAUCAAUUAAUAAUUAUUUUAAAAAAGGGCAAAGAAGAUUAAAAAGUCAGAAGAUUAACAAUACUAGAAAGAAAUGAAACCAGUAGAGAUAAAGAAGCAAUAAAUCGAAAUGAUAUCAAAGAGAGAAAUAAAAAAAAAAGUCAAGAAGAAAAUCAAAAGUUUCUGUAUAAAAUAAAGAUUAUUAGGCUAAAAAUAUAUAACCCAUACCAUAAUAGAUUGUGUGGUCUCUAAUAACAAGAUAUGGUUUUGUUUAAUUUGUCAAAAAAAGAUAUGGUUUUGUUUAAGAUAAUAGAAGUAUAAAUAUAAUGUUAACAUAUGGACAGCAGAAAGGAUAUACUACUCACAAAGCUUUUCCACCACAAAAAUCAAAAUUCAGAUUUCAACAAAGUUCUGAGAUUUGGGUUUGUUAUUGUUAAAGAUAUAUUACAGUGAUGAAUUUAGGGAGUAAUAACAACAAUGAACGCAAACAAUUCGCUUUUGACCUCAACGUCAAACCUGUUGAGGAUGACAAUUCCGAUUUUCCCGAAAACUCAGAUUUGUGUACGAUUUGUCUCGAGCCGUUGGUCAACACACGGGACGAUCGUCGAACAUUUGUUACGCUAAGAUGUGGCCAUAAGUUUCAUCUCGAUUGUAUUGGUUCAGCCUUUAACGCAAAGGGCUUUAUGCAAUGCCCAAACUGUAUGCAAAUAGAACCAGGUCAAUGGCGAUAUGCAACCAACCCUCCAAUCCCAACUAUUAGUGAGGGUGACUGGCUUAGCGAAGAAGAAGAUGAUGAUGCAAACAGUGAUAGGUUUACACAAUCUUCUCUUGCUGCUUCUCUCGGUCCAUAUUUCAAUAGCCAGAGGAUCACCGCCAUAGGGGAAGUCCAACAGAGGGCUCCACCAUCUCGUCAAUUGACUUUCUCGAGGGUUUUAGAGCCUGGGGUGAUGGCAGGGAGACACUAUCUUUCACAUCCAUCUUUCCACCACAAUCCCUCAGUACGCAAUGCCCCACUGUUUCCGCCUUAUCCAAACACCGGCACACUGCAAGUUAACGGGAUUCCAGCAGCUAUGUUUUCGUCUGGUAGGGAACAAGUGGCUGGAGGGAUCUCACAUUCUUGGACUAGUUUUAUGUAUGAGACGCAGAUUGGUUUUCCGAGCAGUAGCCGUGGAGGCGGAACAAGUGUUAAUGACGGUGACGGCAUUGGAGCAAGCAGCAGUAAUGGUGGAAGAGGUGGAGGUGGAAACGGCGACUGUAAUGGAAUAAGUGGUGGUAACAACUUAAGCGGCAGCAGACCUUCUUAAGCAAUUCUGUUUAGUUCAUUACAUUCUCAUGAAUCUUUGAUAAAAGAAAGUGAACUUGGUCUUUUCUUAAUGAUUUCAGAAAACUUGAGACUAUUUUCAGUUUAUUAUAUUUCGGUUUUUUUUUUGUCAACAAAGUUUUUUUAUAGAUAGCCAACAUUGAAUAAAAUUUCAAUACAUAUGAUAACCAAGCUAAACGAGCUAGGAAACCGCUGCUACAAAAGCCGCGGGAAAUACAAAUAUAACCGAUAGAAGCAAACAUUAUACAUAGACAAUAAGAGACGUGGAGAAGUCUUCUAAACUCAAAGCUAAUAUUGGUGAAAGUGAAAUGAUGCCGUAGAAAUUAGAGAGUAUAGAAGCUCUCGUCCAAGAUGUUGAGAGAUAUUUUCUCAACCUCCACAUGUGACAUUUCUGAUUCCCUUUUACUUGGAUUUUGCAAAUUCAUGUGGUACAUCACAUAUCAGUUUUGCAGCCUGUCAAAUCUAAAUAAGAUAACCAGUCAGCUCAGUUUGGUUUGUCCUUUUGAAGUUAAAACCACAAUCUAUUGUUCCUUGUAUAUAUCUCAGAACCCUCUUUGAUUCCUACAGGAUGUCUUCCUUGGUUGUAAUAAUCUCCUAGAUAUGUAGGAAGCAGUAAUACCAAGAUCCGGUCUAGCUGCUGCCAGAUAUAAAAGUCAUCCUACUAUACUACAAUAUAGCUUGGGAUUUGUAAGUUCUGCACCUUCCUCAUAAUCUUUUCCAUAAGAUGUAAGAGGUGUAUUAAUGCUCUUGCAGUUCUUGAUUCAAAAUUUGUUCAACAACUGCUGAGCAUACUUCUUUUUACUUAUAAAUACUUUUUCUGGUGUGCAAAUGAUUUCAAAACCAAGAAAUUACAUUAGUUUUUCCAAGUAAGUCAUCUCAAAAGCCUUUUAAAUGUAUGCAUGAGUUGUUCAAUCAUGCUUUCGUUUCUUUCGGUUAUAAUAAGAUCAUCGACAUAUGUAUAGACUAAUUACCAUGAUUUCUCCUCCGUGUUCUUGAAUUCGUUGCUACAUCACAAUCACAUAUCCAGUAUCCUUCUGAUAUGAAUAAUGCAUUGAUUUUUCUAUACCAAGCUUAUUGUUCUUGCUUUAAUUCAUUUUAAGCCUUUUUCAAUUUAAAGCAUGUUUUUGACCCCUCUAGCUCAUAGCCUACUGGUUGUUCUACUUCUACAUAUAACGUACGUAAUUUCUUUAUUCAAAAUGUGGAAUUAACAUCCACUUGAUGCAUAUUCCAUGUGUUUUGUGCAAUAAGGACUAUCAAUGUUCUGAUCAUAUAAUGCUUGGGAUAUUCAGGAAAGACCUUCAAUUCCAAGUUACUUAUUCUGCAAUAUUCAUAUCUCCCGUAUAUAGCAAGUGUUGUAAUUACCUAGACCUAGAACGCUCCUCUGUAAUUACCUAGACCUAGAAGGCUCUUCUGGAACAAAGGUUUCUACAUAUCACAUUCCAUAUGUCUGAUUAACACACUGAACCACUCAUAUUACUUUUAGUUUCUGAAUAAGCCCAAUCUCAUCAGUUUUCACGAUGUAGAUCCACUUGACUGUGAGCAUUUUCUUGUCUGCAGGUGUUUCUGUGAUUUCUCAGAUAUUGUUCUUGUUGAUCACAAUAAUCUCAGCAUCCAUCACUUUCCUCCAAUCUCAUGUUUCACAGCUUCAUCAGUGAUUCCAGGUUCCUCGCAUGUAAAGUAACAUGCUUCGUGAGCUUAUCUUCCUCAUUACCUUGUUUUUCCUCUUCUUGAUAUAUAUUAUUUGACAUUCUCAUUUUAUACACCUUGCUUGAUGAACAACUACUUCCUGAUCCAUAUCCACUUAGUUGAAAUGGUAUAGGAAUCUUCUAUUCCUUGUAUAUACUCUAGUUGUUGGCCAUAGAAUAUCUUCUUGAGUUUCAGUACCUUUAUUUUGAGAUGUUAUGCUACUGUUUGUUGAAAUUUCAAGCUGCUCCUUUCUUUCUUCACUUGUUUUCCGAUUCCAACCUGUCGUCAAGGACACUUUUUUUUUGUGCAACCGUCAAGGACACAUAUACUUCUAUCUUAAGGGGUUGAAGACUUUUUCUUAAAUUAUGUCAAUUUAACCAAUUUUAGUAAAUCAGAUGAAUCUUCUUGUUGGAUCGGGUUCUGACCUUGGUUAUUUCUUCUCUGGACUCACAAGAGGCUCUUCUUGAUGGGCCAAGUGGUUUCAUGAGAAAAGUUCUCCUGGUUGUUAAGUUACACUCAUUCUACUGAACUUCUAUCACUGGUAGCUCCUAUAUACAGUGCUGAAGAGUUUUAGGGGCCUAAGGCAAGUUUUAAAAAUAAAUUUAUUUACAAUCGUAAUGAAAAUAAUUUUUUAAUAUGAUAUAUUAUUUUCACCAAAUACACAAGUCUAAUACUGUAAAAAAAUAAGUUUAUAACGUAAAAUAUGUUAUAUUAUGUCAUAUAGAAAAAAAUACAAGAAUUCAAAAAGUGAGUUAAUUAAUUUUCGUAGAAAUGUUUUUUUUAAUAAGUCUAAACCACUAUACUAAAAAUUAUUUUAAAUUUUGGGGCCCUAAAAACAGUCAUAUUAAUCGGGGGCCUGAGACGAAUGCCUUUUUUAAUACACUGUAGGCACGCCUCUGCCUAUAUAUCCAGUGUUGCAGUUUGGUGGGGAUCUUGUAGAGCCAUAAUUCUAAUGUCCGUAUCAACAUAUCAUUCUCCUCGACUCCUUACUAUCGGAGAGGGUUCCAGGAGACAUUUCUAGAGGAAAGAGAUGAUGUCAUUCUGGGAAAUAGUAGAGUUGAUAACCGCUUGUAUUUGCUGGAAGCCGCAAAAGAAAGGUUCUUCAGUGUCCAUGAAUUGAACAUAGCCAAGAUCUUAUCGAGUAGUUGCUGAAUAUCUGUUUUUAUCUUCUUCUUCUUUUUUUUUGAAUUAUAUAGAGUUGUCCUGGCCCCACCGAAGUGAGUCUAGACUAGCCAUGUUAUCGUCUCAUGUGUCGGUCUUUCGUCCCUGACGAUACCGAAAUUUUAAUUUUUUAGUGACCGAAACUCGAAUCUAGAUGGCUUCACCGUAUUCGGCUUCGCUCUCAAGCUAAUCACCACUGGACCACAAGCCUCGGUUAUCUGUUUUUAUCUUGAACAUCAAGUGACAUCACUUGAACAUAGCCAAGAUCUUAUCGAGACCUAAUCAGUAUGUCAAGUCUUUUAUCUUUUUUGGAACUACUUGAUGGAAAUCUGUUUCGUAGCAAACUGGGGUACAAAUCUGACUUGUAUCAAAUUUACAUCACUUAAUAAUGAAUUUUGAUUAUUAUUACAAAAAUAACUCACCUUUAUCAUACAUGCACCACCCAAAUCGUGUUUUGGUGAACUUGAUUCUGUUAUUUCUUAAUAAUUUGCAAGAGAUUCUCUUGAAAUCCAACUCUAAAGUUUACUAAAUCUUGACUCGUACGGCCCGCACAAUCGUGCGGAUGAUUAUUUUCAUUUUUAUACAUAUAAAUAUUUGAUUUACAUUAUUAGUGGUAUAUAAUUUUAAUGUUUAUCAUAUUACUAAUAGUUUAAUAUAAUAUUUUCAAACACAACAAGUUUAUAGUUUACAUGCAGUAAUUUAAUUCAUUGUUUCAAAUUAUUAGUGAUAUAUCUCUUAGUAAAACAUGAACAUUAACUAAAACCUUAUAUUAUGUGAUAUUUACGAAAUUUUUUGUUCAAUUUAACAUAACUUAGAUAUUAAUUUCCCUUGGGUUAAGAAAAUAUUAAUUUCCUGAUGAUUAUACUUGUAUUUUAGAUUUAGGUCAUACAUAUAUGUUAAUUGAAUUAUUUGUAUGAAUUAAAUCUUUGACUGAAUAACCUAUAUUAAGUCUAAUUUAUUAAGCGUUCGCUUCAUUUAAAUUAUUAAAUUGGAAAUUGUAAUGCAUUGUGUUUGUUUUUGUCCUUUUAAACUUGAUUUUUUUCUUUAUUAUCUAUAUUUAGGUUUCUUACGUUGUCAAUUGGUGAUUUAGACUUUUAUCCCCAAAACUCUUGGAUUAUUUACAAGAAUAUUUCAGUGUUAAACUUUUAUUUGCAAUUCUUCAUCUAUCAUACAUCAUGUUGUAUAAUUAACACUUAAAACUACAAUUACAUUUGAUAAUAACUACAUUGAAAACAAAAGUAUUCACAUGAAAUAUAUUUUUCAAUCGUUCAUCUGUUAAUUAUGUUAGUGACAUAAAUUGAUACAAUACCGAUUGCACAUUCAAAACUGCACAAGAUAAAAAAAAAACAAAAACAAUUACAUUAAUGAAUAAUAUAUGAAUAUGGACUAUAUAAAAAUAAGCUUGAUUAUAUUUUUGUAAACAAACAGCCAUAUACUUCUAUUAUUGAAAAAUAAAACUAAACUGACAACUAUAUUUAAUAACAGAAGCUGAAUGCACUUUCAAAAUACAUUUGUAGACCGAUCAUUCAUAUUGAUAGCAUAUUUUCAAUAGUUUGGUACAAAAUUCUAAAUUAACAAAUCCUAACUGUUUGAUAUGAAAGAUUUAAUUGGAAUAUAUUAUGUUACAUUAAUAUCAUAAAUUUAAUACAAAAUUGUACAUGAGUGUAAUAUAAUUACAAAUUAAUUAAUUAGCUACUU